CUUUUUCAUAACUGUAAAUCUCUGACGCCGGGUUUCCUAAAAAAUGGCUUCGUUGAAAUUGUAUUAGCAAAAUGACGAAAUUUAAUGCAAACUGCGUACUUUGGAGCUUGGAUAAGUACAUGAAAAUACGCAAAGACGAAAUGCCCGUUUACUACAAAAAAAAAUAUCAGAUGUCAAAACGAUUCAAUAGAAAAUCUGGGCAUUUACAGUCUUACAAAGACGCCGAGGCCGACUUAUCUCAGGACGAAGACGAUGAUGGUGAUUUCAAUAUUCUUACGGUGCAGAAAAGUAUCGACGAUGCCACACACGCAGCGAAUAUAAACCAGCUUAAUUUCGAGAAGAACGAUUUCGAUCAGCUAAUGUAUAAUGAAAGCCUUGAAACUAAUGAUGUAAAUUCGAGUACUGAACAAUGUGAACCACUAAGUCAGACGCCUCCACGACCGAGUGUUAAAUCGCGGCUUGGCGUGAGGCCCACCGAACGCGUGGAGAAUCGCGGAAAACAAUCUCAGCAAAAAGCGAUUCAAAAGCGUGGCAAAGCCUAUCCUUACAAUAUAAACGGUCGUAACAACAGUAUGGAAAACUACAAUCAAAACCGCGUGUCUGCAAAUUUCCAUCGUGGUCUCGAAGCCUAUAAUAAAUUUCGUGAGCGUAACGAAAGCUUUGGUGAAUCGCAAAACGUAUUAAAUAUCCCAAAUAGUCAUGUCCAUAUUGAAAACUUGGGUCCCAAUGGACCCAGCUUUAAUGACAGUUCCAAUACUGAUAAUGAUAAUUUUAAUUUGAACAGCAACUUUAUGAUGCGCUCGAAUUAUAUGAACACCGAUUCGAACAGCUUCGGCGGGCUGCUCCCGAAUAACCAAGGCCCCGUUAAUUCGAAUAACCACGUCGGGAUGUUCUCGAAUAAUCAAGGAUAUGCAAAUUCAAACGGGAUCGAGUGUAUGCUCCCGAAUAACCAAGGCCCCGUUAAUUCGAAUAACCACGUCGGGAUGUUCUCGAAUAAUCAAGGAUAUGCAAAUUCAAAAGGGAUCGAGUGUAUGCUCCAGAAUAACCAAGAACACGUGAAUUUGAACAGCUGCGGCGGGUUGUUCCUGAACAAUCAAAGAUCUGCCAAUUCAAACAGCUUCGGGGGGCUGUUCCCGAGUAACCAAGGCCCCGUUAAUUUGAAUAGCCGCGUCGGGAUGUUCCCGAAUAAUCAAAGAUUUGCAAAUUCAAACAGGAUCGAGUUUUUGCUCCAGAAUAACCAAGAACACGUGAAUUCGAACGGCUACGACGGGUUGCUCUCGAAUAAUCCAGUACCUGUCAAUUCGAACGGCUACGGCGGGCUGCUCUUGAAUAAUCCAGGACCCGUGAAUUCGAAAGGCUACGUCGGGUUGUUCUCGAAUAAUCCAGGACCCGUGAAUUCGAAUGGCUACGGCGGGUUGUUCUCGAAUAAUCCAGGACCUGUCAAUUCGAACGGCCACGGCGGGUUGUUCUCGAAUAAUCCAGAACCUGUCAAUUCGAACGGCCACGGCGGGUUGUUCUCGAAUAAUACAGGACCUGUCAAUUCGAACGGCCACGGCGGGCUGUUCUCGAAUAAUCCAGGACCUGUCAAUUCGAACGGCCACGGCGGGUUGUUCUCGAAUAAUCCAGGACCUGUCAAUUCGAACGGCCACGGCGGGCUGUUCUCGAAUAAUCAAGUUGCCGUCAAUUCGAACGGCCACGGCGGGCUGUUCUCGAAUAAUCAAGUUGCCGUCAAUUCGAACGGCCACGGCGGGCUGUUCUCGAAUAAUCAAGUUGCCGUCAAUUCGAACGGCCACGGCGGGUUGCUCUCGAAUAAUCAAGUUGCCGUCAAUUCGAACGGCCACGGCGGGUUGCUCUCGAAUAAUAUGAACAGCUACGACGGGAUAGGCUUGAAUCAUCCGAACACCAGCAGACGCGAUAUCAUAGCAAACAAUUGGAAGAGCAGUAUCGAGAUGAACUCGACGAAGCGAAUCCCACCUUUACCUGUGAAUCGUCGGAAGCUAUUAGUCGACGGCUCAACAUCAUUGAGUCUUGAUCCAGCUCGUCCAGCUCGUGGUAUGUUUAUAGGUGAGGCGCUUGGUAUGACUCUAAGCGAUUGUAAAACGGUCGAUGUGCAUCAAGUUGCCCAAAACGUGUUGCAUUUGCUGUCUUAUGCUGAAAAGGAUUCCGAAAGCAAGAAAAACUAUGGGGUCCAUAAUAAAAAUACAUCGCAGCAGCGCGAUUCGUGAAACUGGAUGCCAUGCAGGAAAGUAUUGUACAAUCUUGUCGCCGGAAGUAUAAUUAAGAGUUCAUUAUGACAAUAGGUUAAGUAUAAAUAUUCAAACAUGGAAGAAUAUUAGCGGGCACCCGGUCGUGCCGGACGAGUGUGAAUGUGCGUUGGUGUAUUGCAGGGCAAGAAGAAGAGUAGGGUCGAGUGGUGCAGUGAAUGGCACUCCAGAGAACGAACAAGAUUUGAGUUUUUUUUUAUAUAUAUGUAUUUUUGCUGAUAAGAGCAUGUUGAGCUGCUUAUCAGCAAUGCACAACAAAAAAAAUAAUCAUGGACAGCCGAGCCGAGAUGCGAGAAGAGAAGCGAAACGAAAGCGGACGAAAAUAGAAACAAACGGCGAUAAAUUUACAGCAAAAGGCGAAUGUUCAUACAGAAGCGAUUCGCCGAUGGAGGAACAGCAAAGCAGAACAGAAUAAAAUAAUCAAUCAGUUAAUCUGCUAAAUAGUUAGAACGUGGAAGUGACAUAGCUUAAUGGAAGUGGAUAGGGAGCUCAAGACCAUUUAUUGAACGCAACGCCGCGAAGUGAAUAAUUAUUUUGUUUUCAGAUCGAGUGCCGGCAUACGACAAUUAGAAGAACAAAGAAAAUCUGAACCCAUUAUUUUUAGUUUUGUAAAAUCAAAAAGAAAACGAAAAAUAAACGUUAAACAUUCAAAUAAAUGUUUGCUGUUCGCCUGUGCCCACCAUGUUGAAAUCGAAGCAAUUCCUGCAGCGAUUUUCCAAAGAAUAUGCCAAGUUUACGCCUGCGAACUUCAAGCUUAAGCGGGCUUUGGUGGUGACGAAACUCUCGCGCUAUGAAUUCGAGCAGCUGCGGCAUCCGGGACUGUCGAAGGAGCAGCUGGAGCAGAAGCUGCGCGAUCGGGGCACCGAUGUGGAGAUGGUCCUCUAUCUGCACAAUCUGCACAAGGACUUCGAGCGGCGUAUCGUGCAGAGCUUCCAGGAUGUCGGGUGCGAGGUCAAGCUGUCCAGCAGACUUGAAUUUAGAAGCUCAUUGAGCAAAGAUGUCAUGAGCUGGGCGGAUGUCAUCGUUCCUGUUGGCGGUGAUGGCACCUUUCUGCUGUCCGCCGGUCGCGCCAGUCCCCUCUUUGCCCUCAGCCAGCAGAAGACGCCCAUUGUGGGCUUCAACUCUGAUCCGCUUCACUCGGAGGGUCGUCUCAUGCUGCCCAAGCACUAUUCGGACAAUCCCGCCGAUGCAGUGGCGCGCAUCAAAAGCGGCGACUUCAAGUGGAUGCAUCGCUCAAGAGUCCGCACCACGCUGCUGGGCAGCAAUGGCAAGAUUCCGGAGUCCACGGAUCUGUUCCGACAUACAGAAGUGAAGAUGGAGCAGGUGACAACGGAUCCCGAAAUGCUGGAUAAUCACAUGGCCACCAAAUACAAAGCAAAGAUGAAGCGCAUCCUACCCUAUUUAGCUCUGAACGAGGUUUUCAUUGGUGAGCACAUUUCGUCCCGUGUGUCCCAUCUGCAGCUUGUGCUCAAUCAUCAGGACGUGGUAAACAAAACAAAAUGUUCCGGACUGUGCGUUAGCACUGGCACCGGCUCCACAUCGUGGCACACAAGCAUCAAUCGCAUCACCAGCCGCGACGUUGACGAUUUGCUUCAAUCGCUGCCCAAUAGCAACUCUGCCGAUGUGCUCCGACUACGCGAGAAUACUCAGGAGAUCGCCCAUCGGUAUAACCAAGGGCUGCUCUUCGCACCAGACGAUCCGCGGCUCUGCUACUCGAUCAGGGAGCAGAUCUGUGUGGGCGUUUGGCCCUCGCCGAAGACAUUUAAGAAGCGAGAUUUCGUGCAGAAUGUGUUCGUCAAGUCGCACUGCAUCGAUGCCAAUCUGGUCAUAGAUGGCAGCAUAUCCUAUCCAUUCAACGAUGGCGCCAAGGCAUUGCUUGAGGUCCAUCCCGAGGAUGCCCUCCUGACGAUCGCCCUAGACUGAUUUCUGAUGAAGCAAGAAGCGUAGUAAAGUAAAGUGCCUGGCUCUCUAGCCGUAGCAUGAAAUUUUAAAAUUAUUUAAGUGUGCAAUUUGCAGACUACUUAGAAGUUUAAGCUCAAAAGUUAUUUUGUUAUUAUAUAAGCAUUUAUUUAAAAAUGUC